CGCGUUUCAAUGUUAGCCAGCCGCACCGCAACCGCCGACGUCGAACGGUCGCUGUUCGUAAAAUAAUAUUAUAUUUUGGAUGGACGUUCGUGUCCCCCGCCGGACUGUUUCGAAUAACGACAGUUAAGACGACUGUAUAGUGUGAACGAGAAAAACGAUCGACGGCAGUCGUAAUUACCUAUUAUUACGCGCGAAAUACACCGUUCGCGGGCUUACGCUUAAUAAUACCUAUUAAAAUAAUACAACGAUUCUACUAUUAUUGUUGUUAUGAUAAAUGCUGAGGUCGAGGCGCGCGACGGAUAAAACGUAACCGGCGAAAUUAAUUCGUACUACUCACGUGAGCUCGUCAUCGUCGUAGCAUAAUUAUUAUAAUAAUAUUAUUAUACUUUGGUGAAAAAAUUAAACCCACUACGACGACAGUAAUAUUAUGUCGAGAAAUUCAUCAUUGGCGCCUACAGAAUACCUGUUCAAGAUUUUAGUCAUCGGUGAACUUGGCACCGGUAAGACUUCCAUAAUCAAACGUUACGUGCACAAAUUCUUCUCUCAACACUACCGCGCGACGAUCGGUGUAGAUUUUGCGUUGAAAUCACUAGAAUGGGAUUCGAACACCGUCAUCCGGCUACAACUAUGGGACAUUGCUGGUCAGGAACGAUUCGGGAACAUGACCCGGGUGUAUUAUAAAGACGCACUAGGAGCAUUCGUAGUUUUCGACGUCACUCGACCAGCUACUUUUGAGGCAGUGGCCAAGUGGAAACAAGACUUGGACGCAAAGGUCUCGUUGGAAGACGGAUCACCGAUACCAUGCGUCUUACUUGCAAAUAAAUGCGAUGAGACUAAAGAAGGCAUGGUGAACAGUAUUGCCAAAAUGGACGAAUUUUGCAAAGAAAAUAUGUUCACCGCUUGGUACGAGACGUCAGCUAAAGAAAACGUUCACAUCGACGAUGCGGCAAAGACACUCGUAACUCAGAUUUUGAAGUACACUGCUCAAUAUAAACCAACAUACUUAAAAUCGAAGGGUCAAAUAAUAUUAAACAACACCCCUAACGAUACUCAAAAAGGUUGCUCCUGUUGAUUAAAAUUGGAUGAAGUAAUUUAAUCAUUGUUUAUUCGCUUACCUAUAUUAUUAUAUACCAUAGUACAAAUUGUUUUUUCUCAAUAUAUUAUGUCAAUUAUUAUUAAUGUUAGUGCCUCAAUAAUAUUUUUAACUCUAGGCACCUAUUUCAAUAUUAUUUUGUAAGUAGUAAGCAAAUGAAAUGCUACUUAUAGGAAUUACACAAUAGUUGGAUAAAAAUUUAAUAAUCAUGAAGUCAAUAUAUAGUUUCAAACUAAAAAACUCUACAGGUACUAUAAUACUUAAAUGUUUGCAUAGUAUUUUGACCUAAUAAUUUUUGAUGUGAUAUUAGGUGUGUACCUACAUAUAGUGUAUAUUUUUACCUACUACUUGUAUUGUAAAUACCUAUGGUAAAAUUAAAACAAAUUUUUAUUUCUUA